GGCCCGCUCCCCAAAAUGCCUGGGACAGCCUGGCGGCUCCGCGUCCCGGGGCGGUUCUGUAACACACCAGGAGGUCAAGCAGCGCCACCGCCCGCCGCGGCCCGACCCGUCCCAGGCCUGGCGAGCAGCCUGCGUCCCUCCGGCGUCCCGGCGCCAUUUCCGAAGAGCCGCUAUGGAGACUGUCGUCAACGCUUCUGGGAACGACCUCUACGCCUCUCUCUUGGCAUCGUCCCAGACAUAGCAGUUGGUACAAAGCGGGGAUCCGACGAGCUCUUCUCUGCCUGUGUCACUAACGGACCCUUUAUCAUGAGCAGCAACUCGGCUUCUGCAGCAAAUGGGAACGACAGUAAGAAGUUCAAGGGUGACAACAGGAGUGCAGGUGUUCCCUCCAGAGUGAUCCACAUCCGGAAGCUUCCCAGUGACGUCACCGAGGGCGAGGUCAUUUCUCUGGGGCUGCCCUUCGGGAAGGUCACCAAUCUCCUGAUGCUGAAAGGGAAAAAUCAGGCUUUCAUCGAGAUGAACACAGAGGAGGCCGCCAACACCAUGGUGAACUACUACACGUCCGUGACCCCUGUGCUGCGCGGCCAGCCCAUCUACAUCCAGUUCUCCAACCACAAGGAGCUCAAGACGGACAGCUCACCCAACCAGGCGCGGGCCCAGGCGGCGCUGCAGGCGGUGAACUCGGUGCAGUCGGGAAACUUGGCCCUGGCCGCCUCGGCUGCCGCGGUGGACGCGGGGAUGGCCAUGGCUGGCCAGAGCCCGGUGCUCCGGAUCAUCGUGGAGAACCUCUUCUACCCGGUGACCUUGGACGUGCUCCACCAGAUCUUCUCCAAGUUUGGCACGGUUCUGAAAAUCAUCACGUUUACCAAGAACAACCAGUUUCAAGCCCUGCUGCAGUACGCCGACCCUGUGAGCGCGCAGCACGCCAAGCUGUCGCUAGACGGGCAGAACAUCUACAACGCUUGCUGUACCCUCCGUAUCGACUUCUCCAAGCUCACCAGCCUCAACGUCAAGUAUAACAACGACAAGAGUCGUGACUACACACGCCCUGACCUGCCCUCCGGGGACAGCCAGCCUUCGCUAGACCAGACCAUGGCUGCUGCCUUCGGUGCGCCUGGUAUAAUGUCAGCCUCUCCGUAUGCAGGAGCUGGUUUCCCUCCCACCUUUGCAAUUCCUCAAGCUGCAGGCCUCUCUGUUCCUAACGUGCACGGGGCCCUGGCUCCUCUGGCCAUCCCAUCAGCGGCGGCGGCGGCAGCGGCGGCGGGCCGGAUCGCCAUCCCCGGCCUGGCGGGGGCAGGAAACUCUGUCCUGCUGGUCAGCAACCUCAACCCCGAGAGAGUCACACCCCAAAGCCUCUUUAUUCUUUUCGGCGUGUACGGCGACGUGCAGCGGGUGAAGAUCUUGUUCAACAAGAAGGAGAACGCGCUGGUGCAGAUGGCGGACGGGAGCCAGGCGCAGCUGGCCAUGAGCCACCUCAACGGCCACAAGCUGCACGGGAAGCCGGUGCGCAUCACGCUGUCCAAGCACCAGAACGUGCAGCUGCCCCGCGAGGGCCAGGAGGAUCAGGGCCUGACCAAGGACUACGGCAACUCCCCCCUGCACCGCUUCAAGAAGCCCGGCUCCAAGAACUUCCAGAACAUCUUCCCGCCCUCGGCCACCCUGCACCUCUCUAACAUCCCGCCCUCUGUGUCUGAGGACGAUCUGAAGGUCCUCUUCUCUAGCAACGGCGGGAUCGUCAAGGGGUUCAAGUUCUUCCAGAAGGACCGCAAGAUGGCCCUGAUUCAGAUGGGCUCGGUGGAGGAGGCCAUCCAGGCGCUCAUUGACCUUCACAACCACGACCUGGGCGAGAACCACCACCUGCGGGUGUCCUUCUCCAAGUCCACCAUCUAGGGCCGCCAGGGACCGGCCUGCUGGCGCCUGGCCACAACUUCCAUCAUUCCAGAGAAAAGCCACUUUAAAAAGCAGCUGAAGUGACCUUAAAAGACCAGAGAUUUUAUUUUUUUAAAAGAGAAAUCAGUUUACCUGUUUUUAAAAAAAUUAAAUCUGAUCGACCCUGCUCACCCUGGGGAGAUGGGGUGCCGGCCUCAGGCUCCUGGUGACGAGUGGACAGUGCGCCCCCCGCUCCCUCCCCAGCCCCCCAAGCCCGUGCCUUCUGCAGCCCCUGUGGGGUGGGCGCUCCCAAACCUCGACUCGGCUUUCUUGUGCCUUAAAACCAGCUGCUCUGGCAGGGCCCUCGGCGGGGGGUGGGGGGGGUUGGGGGGGGCUGGUGGGUCGGCCUCCCGCGUGGGAUCAUGUGCCUGGCGCAGCAGGAGGCUGCGAGCUGCAGGGACCAGCCGGCACCCCCUGAUCUGUUUAAUCAAGUGUGUGAUUCUCCCCACCCCCGCCCCGGGACCCCAACUUGGGGCAAGACCCCGAGGGCACCGGCCCCGUCCUCCUUCAGCUCGGAGCUCUGUUUUCACCGUAAUCUCUGUAUUAUGCUUUGAUGCAGUUGCAGACAUCUGUGCCUAGCAAUAUUUCCAGUUGACCAAAUAUUCUAAUCUUUUUUCAUUUAUAUGCAAAAGAAAUAGUUUUAAGUAACUUUUUAUAUAGCAAGAUGAUAAAAAUGGUAUGAGUAUAAUCUCAAUUUCCUCCUUGUGGUAUGACCUUACAUACUGUCCUUUUUUAUUUUAUUCCUUGUAAUGAAGUCGCAGGGCGGGAUCUAGUUUCCAGGGCAGACCCGCUGGGGCCCCGGCCCUUCCCGCAAGGCCCCAGGCCGGCCCUGCCCACCACCUCCAGAUGCCUUACUCACACCUAACCUGUUCCCUGUCCAGGGGAAAAGCGCUCUUAAACUUGUAAACUUUCAGGGUUUCCUUUCUCCUGCAAAUUUUGGACCAAAGUUUUGUUUGUUUUUUUGUCUGCCUCUAAUGCUGGGGCCCCAGAAGGUGGGACAGCGGCCCCUGAGUCUUAACUGUCUCCCACACGUCGUCCUGCACUCGCGGGUCCAAGGGGCUCCCCUGCGAGCAGACCCCGUGCUGGCCAGCCCCCUCCCUCGGGCCUGGACCCUCGAGUUUCCGUGUUGGGUUGGAACAAGGGUGUAAAUAUUUAUAAUUUUUUAUACCUGUUGUAAAACGAGGGGCAGCAAACGUGGUUUUUUAUAAAGGUGACGCAGAUGUAUAUUUUGAUAACCGCAGUUACAGGCUCAGUAUUGUGCCGGGAGCGAGGCCCUCCACUGCCCGCCCCGACGGCUUGUAAUGCAGAGAGAACCGAAUUAAAGCGAUUUUACAACUCCUACCUUUUCUGUAGGCUCUUUCUUCCUGUUCACGUUGUGGAGGGCGGCUGGCCAGUCUGUCUGCUGGACUUUGAAUAAAUGUCUCUGCAUCCUGCA